AUGUCACCUAACAGUCAUGAUUAUAAAGUUUUAGAAAGUACUCUCAAGUGGCUUGACGAAUGGGAACGUGUUCUUGAUAAAAAGAUCAAACCUAACCACUUCCUAACAAAAAAUACUGCAGAUGGGUUAAAAUUGUUGUCGGUUUACAGUGUCUUAAAACCACUCAAAUCUGGAGAAAACAAUAAACCUUCCCAGAAUUUAAUUACUCUUGAUAGUAUCAAACAAAUUUACAAUAGUUAUGACAAUAAGAACAAAUCAUUGUUACAAAUUAUUCGUGAUAGACUGGAUUUUGCUAUUGAACAGGAAGACUGGAGUUUGGAUGAUACUGUAGAAGUCAGCGAUCAUGAUUAUUAUUUAUCCCCUGUAAUAGACUGCAUUUUAUAUUAUGUCACCGGUUAUUUGUCUAAACAAAUAAUCCGUUAUUUCUAACGUACUACUUGCUAAGCUGCAAUUAAGCAACCAUAUUUGAAUUCGGUUGAACCUGUUGCUCGACUAACUAACUUAACUUCCAGAGGUGGACUUAUUCAACCAAAUUUACAUUUUUUUAAUUUUGUCUGUAAAAUUGAUCAAUUAUUUACAAAGUAUUGUUUAAUGGCAGACGUUUUUGAAUUAAUAUUAACCGAAUUAUUAACAAACAAUAUUAUUUAUUUUCCAUGUUUCCAGCAUACCGAAGAAAUAAUUGCUUUUGCAAUUAGAUAUUAUAUUAAUAUGAGAAUGCGGCAAUUUUCCCAAAAAUGUAAUGCUGAAACAAAAAAAGAAAACAUGAUAAAAAAAAAGGUUUCAAAAUUUACUUGA